AUGGGUUUAUUUGAUAAGGUCAAACAGUACGCUAGUAGCGGUGACAACAACAAUUCUCGUGAUGGUAACAGUCAACAAGGUGAUUUUGUCGAUAAAAUUGAGGGGUACGCCGGCAAGGAAAGAGUCGCUCAAUUUCAGAACAAAGUAGGCAAGGACAAUUUUGACAAAUUGGAGAGCACAGUUCGUGACAGAUUCAGUAAGACUUCCAUAAACGAUGAUGACUCCAAAAAAAACAAUUCAUCCAGCUCUGGUAAAAACGAUUCCUACGGAUCAGGUAACAACGACUCUUAUGGAUCAGGUAACAACGACUCCUACGGAUCCAGCAACAAUGACUCUUAUGGAUCUGGUAAUAACGAUUCUUACGGAUCUAGCAAGAAGAACAGCUCGUACGGCAACAACGAUGAUACCGGUAAUACUGAUUCGUACGGCUCUAGCAACACCGACUCUUACGGAUCUGGCAAAAAGAACAGCUCGUACGGCAACGACGACAGCUACGGUUCCGGCAACACUGAUUCAUAUGGAUCGAGCAACAACGACUCUUACGGAUCCAGUAAGAAGAACAGCUCGUAUGGUAAUGAUGACAGCUACGGUUCUAGCAAGAAGGAUUCAAGCAACUCUGAUUCUUAUGGGUCGAACAACGACGACUCUUAUGGAUCGAGCAAAAAGAACAGCUCGUACGGUAACGACGACAACUACGGCUCUAGCAAGAACGAUUCAAGCAACACUGAUUCUUAUGGAUCCAGUAAGAAGAACAGCUCGUACGGUAACGAUGACAGUUACGGCUCUAGCAAGAACGAUUCAAGCAACACUGAUUCUUAUGGAUCCGGUAAGAAGAACAGCUCGUACGGUAACGAUGACAGUUACGGUUCCAGCAACAACGAUUCAAGCAACACUGAUUCUUAUGGAUCAAGUAACAAUGACUCUUACGGAUCUAGCAAGAAGAAAAGCUCGUACGGCAAUGAUGACAACUACGGUUCCAGCAACAACGAUUCAAGCAACACUGAUUCUUAUGGAUCAAGUAACAAUGACUCUUACGGAUCUAGCAAGAAGAAAAGCUCAUACGGCAACGACGACAGCUACGGCUCUAGCAAGAACGAUUCAAGCAACACUGAUUCAUAUGGCUCGAACAACAACGACUCUUACGGCUCCAGCAACAAUGAUUCUUAUGGCUCUAACAAAAACAAUUCAAGCAACACUGACUCUUAUGGCUCGAAUAACAACGACUCUUACGGCUCUAACAACAACGACUCUUACGGUUCCAGCAACAAUGAUUCUUAUGGCUCUAACAAAAACAAUUCAAGCAACACUGACUCAUAUGGCUCCAACAACAACGACUCUUACGGCUCUAACAACAACGACUCUUACGGGUCCAGCAAGAAGAACAGCUCGUACGGCAACGACGACAACUACGGGUCUAGCAACAACGACUCCUACGGCUCCAACAACAACGACUCCUACGGGAACUCGGGCAGCGGUUCGUAUGGUAACGACAACAAUGAUUCGUACGGAAGUGGCGAUAGGUACUAA